CAUGCUCUACUCAAAACCCUAGAUACUGGUUUAAAUUCAACAAGCGCCGUAGGUUCUAUAUCUUUGCUUCUGCUUCGUCGUCGACCCCAACUUAUACUCAGCAGCCAUGGCCGUCGGGAAGAACAAGCGAAUCUCCAAAGGAAGAAAGGGAGGCAAGAAGAAGAUUGUUGAUCCUUUCUCCAAGAAGGAUUGGUAUGACAUCAAGGCUCCCUCUAACUUCACCCAUAGAAAUGUCGGGAAGACACUUGUUUCCAGAACUCAGGGUACCAAGAUUGCUUCAGAGGGUUUGAAACACAGAGUUUUCGAGGUGUCUCUUGCUGAUCUUCAAAAUGAUGAGGAUAACGCUUACAGGAAGAUCCGUCUCAGAGCUGAAGAUGUUCAGGGAAGGAAUGUCUUGACUCAGUUCUGGGGAAUGGACUUCACCACUGAUAAACUCAGAUCCUUGGUGAAAAAGUGGCAAACUUUGAUUGAGUCUCAUGUUGAUGUUAAGACCACCGACAACUACACACUGAGACUGUUCUGCAUUGCUUUCACCAAGAGACGUGCUAACCAAGUCAAGAGAACUUGCUAUGCUCAGUCAAGCCAAAUCCGUCAGAUUCGCAGCAAGAUGAGGGAGAUUAUGAUCAAGGAAGCUUCCUCUUCUGACCUCAAGGAGCUUGUUGCCAAGUUUAUUCCAGAAUCUAUUGGUAAAGAGAUUGAGAAGGCAACUCAGGGCAUCUACCCUCUUCAGAAUGUUUUCAUCCGUAAAGUCAAGAUCCUCAAGGCUCCCAAAUUCGACCUUGGAAAGCUCAUGGAGGUUCACGGAGACUACACAGCAGAGGAUGUUGGUGUGAAGGUUGACAGGCCUGCCGAUGAGACUGCCGUCGAGGAACCUACUGAGAUCAUUGGUGCCUAAGAUAUGUUUCCGAAGAAAUGUUAGAAUUGAGCGAUCGUUUUGACUUCUUCUAAGCUUUAGUUUCUUAAAUGCUUUGUGUCUUUUCAAACUCGUUUGGUCCCUCAGCUUCUUGUUUUUGAUGUAUUUGUGCCUUUUCUCAGUAUAAACUUGCCAGUUUUGGAUAAUUUAUGCAACCGCUUCUCCCAGACA